AGUUGGAAACGAUAAUCAAAAACAAGUCGGCUGCUUCUGGAUCUUUCGUUCACCAUGAAUUUGAAGAUUUUGUUUGUCCUCUUGGCGGUAGCUCUGGUCGCGAUUAUAGCCCUGAAUUGGAUAUUGCUGGUGGGGUUCUCGAAAUCGUCAAUCUGUGCGAACCGCGUGCAUCUUUUCGAGCAUGAAGUGGUGCAUCGGAACGACGUGUUUGCAGAUCUCAAGCAAGAGGAGCUGACAAGCAUUCUGAUGUACCUGAAACAGAAACUCGGGGUGAAGCUGGUGAAUUGCAAUAAAGCACUUCCGUCCGAUAAUUUCAUUUACAUGAUCGAAUUGCAAAUCCCCCGUAAAAGGGAUGUCUUAAAGUUUUUAGACGAGGGCGAAAAUCAGCCAAGGAGGGAAGCCAGAGCUGUGGUGAUAUUUGGUGCUCAAACUGAGCCCAAUAUAACUGAAUACAUCGUGGGACCCCUUCCGAAUCCAGCCUACCAUAAGGACAUUACUUCCCAGCGAUACCAGAACCUCAGCUUUAACUCCAGACCGUUAACACUCUUCGAAUACGAACAGAUCGUUUCGAGAAUGGAACUGGAGAAAGCUUCUCGGCUUCUUCGGGAAAGUUUUGGAUCCGACGGGAAAGCUCUGAUUCAUUUAGACUCUGCCCCUCGCGGCUUCAAACCUGGCGACAGAGAAACCUGGUUUCCCUUUCUGAGAAACGUUAGCGGUCUGUUUAUGCAUCCUCUGGGGUUUGAAGUUCUGAUAGAUCACAGCAGCACAAAUAUCUCAGAGUGGGCUGUGAAGAAAGUUUUUUACAAUAACCAGUACUUUGACAGCAUUGACGAGCUGGUGGGCCAGUACGACAGGGGGGCUGUGAGGAAGAUGAAACAACAUCAUGAGGAGUCAGAUCCCAACUAUGCAUCGCUGGAACCUCGUACGGAAUACAAAAAGGUUGCCCCUUUGCAAUAUGAGCCAAAAGGCCAGCGGUACGAUGUUGAAGACAAUCAUGUCAGUUAUUUUGAUUGGAAUUUUUCAUUUCGGCAUAGUACUGUAAAUGGUUUGCAGUUGUUUGAUAUCAGAUUCCAGGGGGCAAGGAUCGUCUAUGAAUUAAGUGUAGAGGAGUUAAAUUCCGUUUAUGGGGGCGCAACACCAUCCAUAAUGAGGACCAAGUUCUUAGACGGCCAUUAUGGAAUAGGACACUGUGCUAAUGAACUUGUGAGAGGCGUGGACUGUCCCUAUACUGCAACAUUCAUGGACACCUUGCACUUAAUGCAAAGUGAAGAACCCGAGAGGAUCAGAAAUUCCAUUUGUAUCUUUGAACAAAACCGAGAGAUGCCCCUAAGGCGUCACUAUUCAAGCUGGUACACUGGCCCCUCUUAUGGAGGAUUAUCCGACAGCGUGCUGAUCAUCAGGUCAAUAUCAACCAUGGGGAACUAUGACUUUGUGUUUGAUUACAUAUUCCACAACAAUGGGGUGAUUGAGACCAAGAUCCAUCCGACAGGAUAUGCGCUAACUUCGGUUCUUUUUGACGACGGACUUACCUAUGGAGCAAAACUUCAAGAGAACCUGUUAGGGAAUAUUCACACUCAUUUCGUGCACUUCAAGGCUGACUUGGAUGUAGCAGGAACAAGGAACUCGGUUGAAACAAAGGACGUGAAAUACGAGCUCAAAACAGUUCCAUGGAAACGUGAUCAGAAGGUACAUGUACCCACUGUGAAAGAGAAAAUAUUAAACACAGAAAGUGAAGCAGCUUUCAAAGCCGGAACAAAAAUGCCUAAGUAUCUGAAUUUUGUAAAUCUGGAGCGUAGAAAUAUAUGGGACCACUAUCAAGGUUACAGGAUUCAAGUGGUAAGCUUCAAUCCUGACAGUGUGCCAGAAGAAAUUCCAGAAGAAAAAGCCAUCUCCUGGCAAAGGUAUCAGUUGGCUGUAACAAAAUACAAAGACGAAGAGCAAAGAAGCAGCAGCAUCUACAAUCAGAAUAAUCCCUGGGAUCCUGCUGUUUAUUUUGAUGACUUUAUUAAUGAAGAAAACAUUAAAAAUGAGGACCUGGUAGCCUGGAUUACGGCUGGCUUUCUCCACAUUCCCCACGCAGAGGAUGUUCCCAAUACUGCAACAGCUGGAAAUGGUGUAGGCUUCUUUUUAAAGCCCGUCAACUACUUUAAAAAUGAUCCAUCUGUUUAUUCUCAAGAAGCUGUCUACAUCGAUUCUAACCAGCAAGCAGAAGGAUGUAAGAAUAACCCCAUGGCAUGUACACCAGAAUAUGCUUCCUGUAUACCCCAUCUCCCAGCUUUUACCUAUGGAAAAGAUUAGCUGUUGAUAGUUAAGAUGACUUAAUUAGAGAGAGAAGGCAAGCCAACUGACUGACUGCCACUUUCAGCUUAACCCUAAAGUAUAUCUCUUUGUUAAGAAAUCACUUGUAUAGGCCCUGAUGAUCUACCUGAAAUUUCUCCAGCUCCAUUCAUUAGGUUAGGGUUAGAUUGACUUUAUGUAUGAGCUGUUGCUUUGUUAUAUGGGCUGUUACUAGACAAUAAUCCAACCUAUAGUGGUGAGGAAAAAAUAGGGUAGAUUUCACAAAUGCCUGCUCACAACGCAAAACAUUGUGUGCUGGAAGUGCAGCGGCCCUGCAAGAUUCUUUACCCAUCAAAUUUUAAUGAGCAGGAAAUCCUGCCAGGGCUAAGUGAUCUCUAUGCUUAAAUGCUACACAUGCACAGCUGAUGCAGAAAGCUCAGCAUCAUUGGAAUUACUUAGUAAAAUUUACCCUUAAAUCUAUUAUGGCUGAAAACAAAUUUACAUUCAGUAGCUCACAAACUGACUUCUUCUUGCCUCAAUGUGGUGGAUUGCUUAAUUGAAAAGUUGAUACACAAGGGAACUUGUUUAAUUGCUCAAGCUCAAGCUGAUGUAUCAUCACAACAUAAUAGAAGAUGUAAGCAAAAAACUGCAGAUGCUGGAAA